CCUCUCUCUCUCUCUCUCCACUAUUUCAGACAUAACCUUGGAACUUGCUAUGAGCUGUUCAAGGUGAAUCGGCAGCCAGGGUAUAAAAGAUGUGCCAGAGUCCCGUUUCUCAAACAUAAACAGUAAUCCUCCUGCCUGUACACUGUUUACAAGGGAGCUGCUGCUGCUGCUGCCGCUGCUGCUGCUGCUGCUGCUGCUGAUGGCGAAUAGCUCGCACUUUGCGCUUCAGAGAAGGUGUCACUGUCAGCAGGACAAGAUGAGUAUCCUCUAUCACAUCCUGAACCACAGGAGGCAUCUGUACUUGCCUCCGUGCAGUUGCCGGGAGAAGGUGGCUCUGGGCUCCCCCUUCGUGGCCGGCAAGGCAGCUUCGGAGGUGCUGCUAAAGACUGUGUACUUUAUCAAGAACCUGCCCUCGUUCAGGGGUCUGUCCAAGGCUGACCAGCUGCUGUUGCUGGAGAACUGCUGGGCUGCCCUGUUCGUGCUGGGUUUGGCCCAGGAAGGGGUGGACUUCGAGGUGGUGGGGCCGUCCCACACCAGCAUCUUGAAGGAGAUCCUCAUGAAGCCGAGGGUGGCGGAGGAGGCGGCUUCGGACAGCGAGGAGAGGACGGGCAGCGAGCCCACGGCGGCAGAGGUGCAGAGAGUCAAGGCAUUCCUGGCUCAAUGUUGGAGCAUGGACUUCAGCACCAAGGAGUACGUGUAUCUAAAGGGGGUCGUGCUGUUCAGCCCAGACGUGUCGGGCUUGCGUUGCCCACAACACAUCCUGUGCCUACAACAGGAGGCUGAGCAAGCGCUGACGGAACACACCCAGUGCAUCCACCAGCAGGACACACGUCGCCACGGCCAGAUAGAGCUGGCGCUGGCCUCCUUGAGGGGCAUCAGCCCCCACAUCGUCACGCAACUCUUCUUCCGACCUCUGAUCGGAAACGUCCAGAUGAACGCCCUGUUGGUGGAGAUGCUCAGCGCCAGCUAGUCGCCCGCCAGCGCAAGAACAAACCCUUCCUGGGACCAACGACAACCCUUUCUGCUGGAGAUGUUAACUUAUUUAUCACAGUUGUGUUUUGCAGAUGUUUACAUAUAAAGUGUUUUAAUUGUGCCCCAGCUGUGUCUCAAGUACAUGUUCCAAAUGCGGAGUGGAUGCAUUAAGGUUGAUGUAAUACCUACCUGCGGUGUGAGACUUAAUGUGCAGUAAUUAAUAAAUGCAUCCUAACCAACAGACCACAUCAAACUCAUCCCCAAUAUCUCCAUCAAGAUUCAUCCUCAUUACAUGCCUUGUAUUUAUUGUCGUAGAGUGAUACAGGCCCUUCGGCCCAACUUUCCCAUACUGACCAACAUGUCCCAGCUACACUAGUCUCACCUGCCUGCAUUUGGCCCAUAUCCCUCUAAACUUAUCCUAUCCAUGUACCUGUCUAACUGCUUCUUAAAAGUUGGGAUAGUCCCUGCCACAACUACCUCCUCUGGCAGCUCGUUCCAUACACCACCCUCUGGUUAUCCUGAAGGAAAAACAAUAACAUACGCACACAAACUUACACACACACUCACACAUGCACGCACGCACACACGCGCACACACACACACACACACACACACACACACA